AUGGAUACCACUACCUCCCUGAAGAUGACCUCCAUAGCGGUCCAAAGCCUGUUCAACUACGUGGAGGAGGAGAACUUGGCCGCCAUCAAAGCACACUUGGACAAGUUCAAAGAUGUCGACAGUAGGAGUGAUAAUGGACAGACUCCCCUAAUGGUGGCUGCCGAACAGGGCAAUUUGGAGAUUGUGCAGGAGCUCAUCAAGAGAGGAGCCAACGUUAACUGCGAUGAUGUUGACUGCUGGACAGCGCUGAUGUCAGCAUCCAAGGAAGGCCACAUACAGGUGGUGGAAGAAUUACUGGACAAUGAGGCCAACAUGGAAAACAGAGACAUGGGAGGUUGGACUGCUCUCAUGUGGGCCGCCUAUAAAGGCCGUACAGAUGUGGCACAGCUGCUCCUGAGCAAAGGGGCAAACCCUAACAUCACUGGUCAGUACAGCGUCUACCCCAUCAUUUGGGCGGCGGGUCGAGGCCAUGCUGAGAUUGUCCAUCUCUUACUGCAGCAUGGAGCCAAGGUCAACUGCUCGGACAAGUAUGGCACCACUCCACUUAUCUGGGCUGCCAGGAAAGGUCACUACGACAGCGUGAUGCACCUUCUGGCCAACGGAGCUGACGUGGACCAGGAAGGAGCUAACUCUAUGACGGCUUUGAUUGUGGCAGUGAAAGGCGGCUAUACUGAAGUGGUCAAGGAGCUCCUGAAAAGGAACCCGAAUGUCAACAUGACUGACAAGGAUGGCAACACAGCCCUGGCCAUAGCUGCCAAGGAGGGACACACUGAGAUAGUACAGGACUUGCUGGAUGCUGGAACCUAUGUUAACAUCCCAGACAGGAGUGGGGAGACCAUGCUGAUUGGAGCAGUGAGAGGAGGUCAUGUGGAAAUAGUGCGAGCUCUGCUGAACAAAUACGCAGAUAUUGAUGUCAGGGGCCAGGACGGAAAGACUGCUCUUUAUUGGGCAGUGGAGAAAGGUAACGCCACCAUGGUGAGAGACAUCCUGCAGUGUAACCCUGAUACAGAAAGCUGCACCAAGGAGGGAGAAACCCCACUUAUCAAAGCUACAAAAAUGAGGAACAUAGAAAUCGUUGAGCUGCUGCUGGAUAAAGGAGCAAAGGUGUCAGCUGUGGACAAGAAAGGUGACACGCCCCUGCACAUCGCCAUCAGAGGCAGGAGCCGGAAGCUGGCCGAGCUUCUGCUAAGGAACCCUAAAGAUGGCCGCCUCCUUUAUCGCCCUAAUAAGGCUGGAGAGACACCGUACAACAUCGAUUGCACCCACCAGAAAAGCAUCCUCACGCAAAUUUUUGGCGCCAAACAUCUCUCUCCAACUGAAUCAGAUGGGGACAUGUUGGGUUACGACCUGUAUAGCAGCGCUCUUGCAGACAUUCUCAGCGAGCCCACUAUGCAACCGCCCAUUUGCGUUGGUCUGUAUGCACAGUGGGGAAGUGGGAAAUCUUUUCUUCUUAAGAAACUGGAGGAUGAAAUGAAGACGUUUGCUGGGCAGCAGAUCGAGCCGUUGUUCCAAUUUUCCUGGCUGGUGGUCUUCCUCACGCUGUUGCUAUGUGGUUCAGUGGCCGUCAUCCUGGGCUUUACUGUUGAUCACAAGCUGGCCAUCGCCGUUUCCCUCAGCUUCCUUGCUUUGAUUUACAUCUUCUUCGUUUUGGUGUACUUUGGAAGCCGACGUGAGAGAGAGAGCUGGAACUGGGCAUGGGUCAUCAGCACACGUCUGGCCCGGCAAAUUGGCUACCUUGAGCUCCUUCUCAAACUUAUGUUUGUCAAUGCCCCUGAACUGCCCGAGCAAACCACCCGAGCACUGCCUGUCAGAUUCCUGUUCACAGACUACAAUCGUUUAUCCAGCGUGGGAGGGGAGACCUCCAUGGCUGAGAUGAUAGCUACGCUUUCAGAUGCGUGUGAAAGGGAGUUUGGUUUCAUGGCCACCAGGCUGUUCAGGGUUUUCAAGAAUGAUGAGAUCCAAGGUAAAAAGUGGAAGAAAACAUGCUGCGUGCCAUCCUUUGUGCUGUUUUCUUUGACCCUUUGCUGUCUUAUCGCUGGUUUAGCCUUGCUAGCAAUAUUUAAGGUGGACCCUGAGAACCUGACAGUGAAUGCAGUGCUCAUUGCCAUGGCCAGUGUGGUCGGGCUGGCCUUGCUGCUUAACUGUAAGACCUGGUGGCAAGUGGGCGACUCAGUCCUCAACUCCCAAAGGAAACGCCUGCACAGGGCUGCCAACAACCUCCACCAGCUGAAGAGUGAAGGCUUUAUGAAGGUUCUGAAACACGAGGUCGAGUUGAUGUCAAAGAUGGCUAAGACUAUCGAUGGCUUUACCCAGAACCAAACACGAAUGGCCGUCAUCAUCGACGGGCUGGAUGCUUGUGAACAAGACAAAGUGCUGCAGAUGCUGGACACGGUGCGUGUCCUCUUCUCAAAAGGGCCGUUCAUCUCAAUCUUCGCCAGCGACCCUCAUAUCAUCAUCAAAGCCAUCAACCAAAACCUCAACAGCGUGCUGAGAGACUCCAACAUAAACGGCCACGACUACAUGAGGAACAUCGUCCACUUGCCCGUCUUCCUCAACAGCAGAGGCCUCAGCACAGCGAGGAAGCUCUGCAUGGCGGCACCCGCCAAUGGCGACGGCUUGGCUUCUGAAGGAUGGAAUGAUGAUGUUGACAAGAAGAUGUCUCAGAAUAGUCUGGCUCAAGACCAGGCCAAAUUUGGCAGCAAAAACGCACUUAACCGCAGGGACACAUACCGGCGGCGCCAAAUGCAGAGGACUAUCACCAGACAGAUGUCCUUCGACUUGACUAAGCUGCUGGUGACUGAGGACUGGUUCAGUGACAUCAGCCCCCAGACCAUGAGAAGGCUGCUCAAUAUUGUUUCUAUCACUGGUCGUCUGUUGCGAGCCAAUCAGAUCAUCUUCAACUGGGAUCGUCUGGCGUCGUGGAUCAAUCUGACCGAGGAGUGGCCUUAUAGGACGUCAUGGAUCAUCCUCUUUUUAGAAGAAAGUGAUGGAGUGUCUGAUCAGGUGUCCCUGAAGACAAUCUAUGAGAGGUUGUCCAAAAAUAUUCCCACCACUAAGGAUGUGGAACCGCUGCUAGAGAUUGACGGCGACAUCCGCAGCUUUGAGGUUUUCCUCUCCUCCCGAACACCUGUCCUCACUGCCAGAGAUGUGGAGAUGUUCUUGCCCUGCACCGUCAACCUGGACCCCAAACUCCGAGAGAUAAUAGCAGAUGUGCGUGCCGCCAGGGAGCAGAUGCACGUGGGCGGGGUUACGUAUCCCUCAAUGCCUUUGCAAGAGGCGGUGGUAUCUCGUCCGCAGCCGGGAUACGGCCAGCACGCGGGCGCCUGCUCUCCGCCAGGCUCCUUCGCGGGCUCCUUGCCACCUCAGCCGCACAGUGCCUACUUCAGUGGGAUGACCGGUCCUCAGCAUCCCUUCUACAACCGGCCUUAUUUCCCCCAACAUGUGUAUCACCUGCCAAGGCACUACCCCCAUCAUGUCCCUUCAUCCUUGCACCCUUCCAUUAAACAUCCUGCUCAGUCCAAGGACGUCACCAGUGGACUUGAAGUUAUAGCAGAGGAUGCAAGAGAAGGCCUCCACUCCUGUCCCUCUGACCCCGCCAUGGCCUCCCCUGCUGUCCUGCUCAGCUCGAUGAGCACAGACGCAGUGUGCGAGUUCCUCAAGCAGAUCGACGGAAUGGACGCCAGCAUGCUCCGUCAGUACACCUCCACCGUCAAGAAGGCUAAUAUAAACGGACGCGUGCUGGCACAGUGCAACCUGGAUGAGUUGAAAAAUGAGAUGGAGAUGAACUUUGGUGACUGGCAACUCUUCAGGGGAAUGGUGAUGGAACAACGACACGUGGAAAGCCAAGCUUUGCUUCAGGACGAGUCGCGAGCCGCGAGCGAACAAGGCAACAGCGUGUACAACGGAGAACCCGGCAGACGCUCGGGGGUCUCGGCGCGGGAAGGGGGGGCCUUCAGCCUCAACUUAAGCUUUGAGGAGCUCAGCGGAGCAGGACUGGAGGAGCCAACGAGACAAGGCAGCAGCUCGCAGUGGCCGGUGCCGACUCUCCGCACCACAAGCAUGUCCAGCCUCAAUUCUCAAGAGUCGUCCAAUAACAUCUGCAAGUUGACCGACAGGCAGCAGGCCGAGUACCGCGAUGCCUACCAGGAGUAUAUUGCUCAGAUGGCCCACCUGGACGGGGGCACGAAGGAGAGGCCUAUGCAACCACAACCUUCGACCUACAGCUCGGAUGCUAAAGGGGCUAAUGAAGGAGCAGACCAAGAUAGCCGCAAGUCAUUCCUCAAAAGAGUCCCCAAGGCGACUGAACCCGCAGACGUUCCCUCAGGGGCUGAUGCCCAGCUCCUCGAUCCCAUCAGCGAGGAGGACGAGAAGCAGGAUCAGAGCACGAGCUCCAGAAACAACGCCGCCGGUUCUCGCUUCCGCAAGCUUUCCAGCGAUGACGACUCCAGCCCCGAAGACUCCGACAACACUACACCGCUCCUUCAGAAGGAAGCCAAAUCCAAGAUCCCGCAUUUCCUCACCAAGGGUCUUCUAGAUCAGAAAGAAGCCGCUGAAAUCUCCCGAGAAGAAGCUGCGGGAGAUCCUGGCCUGGUGAGGGGAGCGAUUAAACCAGGUGUGAUGGAGCUGGAGCUGGACGGCCUGAUCAAGAAGCGAGGUCUUCUCCCCAGCAGCUUGAGCUGUCUGCAGGACACGGCGGUGGCCCGCAUGUCUAUUUGCUCCGAGGCGGCCUCCGAGGCCAGCCUGAUGGCGAGCAGCCCGGACGAGAGUUGGCCUCCCGGCGGGAUGAGCAACCUCAACCGCAGCGAGAGCGACAGCACGCUCAACAACAACACCGGCGACGCCAACUCCAACACCAACAACAGCAGCCACCAACAAGAAGAGUUCGCCACCUCCCCGUCCAGCGUCUCGCCUGCUGUAAUCGUCUCACCAGGCAGCAGCAAUGCCACCGUCACCACCGCCACUGUCCACCACAACCAGAAUCUGCGCUCCAUCAACUUAGGAGACGAAAGAGAAAGUGUCCUUUAA